AGUCUGGCUGAGCAGAUAUUUCAGUACAGAUCCUCUGCUAAAACUAGCCAUUAUUUUUCAGUACUUCUCAGGUAGGAAAAGAAAUCAAAGGAAUGUGUUUAGAGCUGCAUUUACACAUGGAAUUUAAAAUAAUAGAUCAAUUUCUUAUUUGCUAUAGAGAAGUAAAUCUGUGUAUAGCUUCAAUUUACAGCAACCUUCCAAAUUCAGUUUUGUUCUAAUGACAAAAAGACAACAACAGGAUGAGAAAAAUGGCUUCAGUCUUGCGGGACCUUUCGGACCAUGACAUGGUGCACUUCUUCAUACAACCUCAGAUUGCUGCUAGAACACUAGCAGGGGUGUUUUCUCUGGUUAUAUUUGCCUCCUUGGUGACUGAAGGAUAUCAAAACUUGACAACCUCUUCCCAGCUACAUUGUAUUUUUAAUGAUAAUGGGGCAGCCUGCUGCUAUGGCAUCACAGUUGGCGUACUUUCUUUUCUCCAGUGUCUCCUCUUUUUGGGCUGUGAUGUCUAUGAUACUUGCAUUACUAAUCACAAGUUCAAGUAUGCUAUCCUUAUAUUGGAUGUUACUUUCUCUAUGACUUGGACAUGCCUGUGGUUUAUUGGAUUCUGUAUCCUAACCAAUCAGUGGAACCGGUCAACUCACUCCUACCUGCUGGGAACUAGUGCUGCACGGGCUAGUAUUGCCUUUGCCUUCCUUUCUGUUCCAUGCUGGGGAUACCUAGCUUAUCUGGCUGUGAAAAACCUGUGGGCUGAGCCACCUGUGCCGUAUAAGCGGACGCUGGAUGAAGGAUCUGUUGCUCUGACCACCCUUUCUACAUCGACCACCACCUCUCUUCCCAAUAAUAUGGGAUUCCCUGAAAACAUGGGUGCAGCUUCCUACCCAUCCACUCCUGUACCCCAUCGACUAACAUUAAUGAAUACUGAUGACUAAGCAGUUCUUUGUUCCUGUAGUAAAUAAUUUUUACUAAAACAAAAACAAAAAAAACCACCCAAAAAUGUCUGAAGUUGAUUUUACUGAAUCAAAGCAAAAAUAAAGAUGGAUGGACAAGGAAUUUGUAAGUACAAUAUAACGUGGUCAUUGUGCGUAAUAUUAAUACACAAAAGCUUCAUAAAACCUGAAUGUUCAUCCAGA